CUGUCAUGUGAUGUAUGUAGGUGAAGAAGCAAUGCAGAGAUUUCAGGAGAAGAAGAUUUCUUCUUUAAUGAAUGAGCCGCUAUUCUUCCCAAGAAGCAUGAAAGCUCCACUAAAAUCUUAUUUGGUGAAGGGGCAAUGGAGGCCAGAAGAGGACAGAAUGCUAAUGAUUCUAGUUCAACAACAUGGGUUGAAGAAGUGGUCCCACAUCGCAUCGAUGCUCGAUGGUCGCAUUGGAAAACAAUGCAGAGAGAGAUGGUAUAAUCAUCUUCGCCCGGACAUCAAGAAGGAUACAUGGACGGAAGAGGAGGAUAAAGCAUUGAUUGAAGCACAUAAGGACUUGGGAAACAAAUGGGCUGAGAUUGCAAAAAGGAUUCCUGGUCGAAGCGAGAACUCGAUCAAGAACCAUUGGAACACUACAAAGAGGAGGCAGUUACCAAAGAGGAGGAUCCGGAAGACCGCUGAGAAAGGUCGGCCAAGCAUCUUAUUGCAAGAGUAUAUACGGAGGACAAGCUUGGGUGUAGAGGAAGGUGAGGAAGGUGAGGAAGGCAAGGAAGGCAAGGAAGGCCAAGAAACCAAAGGUAAAUGCACUGAUGAGGCCCCAUCCCCUUCCUUGGUGAGUCAAGAUUUCCAUGCUAUUGGAGAGAAGCAAACAAGUGAAAAAAUGCAAGUGCCAUUUGAUGAUAUGGACCUUUCUCUGCUCUUCAAUUGGGCCUCUGCUACUACAAUUUCCUCCACUUCCUCUGGUUCUCUAUUGGAACAACAAGACCCGUGCAUGGGUUUUGAAGAAUUCCCUGUGGAGUUUGAACAGGUGAAGAGAGAAAUGGACCUGAUAGAACUGGUUUCUUCCUCAGUAAACAUGAGUAACUGGUAAGAAUCCAUGUGUUAGAUGUUCUUACUUGGACAACUUAGAGGUUUAGACUUAUACAUGUUUGUCCUUUAUUGCUUUCUAAAUUUAAAACUGUAGGCCUUCUUCAUCUCACUUAAUUCUUCUCU